AGUGACUGUAGCGGCCCUGACUGGGGCGGCGGGCGGGGGCGGGGGUGGCAACACGGCCCUCCCACGUGCGGGCAGGAGUGGGGCCGCUGCUGCUGGAGCUACUGCUGUUGCGGGUGACGCGUCCAUUCCCUUGAGCCCCUCCCGCAAGUGCGAGGACCCGCUGCACCCCCCGCUGGUGGGCCCCUCCUACUCGCUGAGCCUGUCCAAGCGCCGCGCCAGGAAGUGGUUCGGGGAGAGCUGCAAGGGUCGCACGCUGCGAGUGCGGGUGGUGUUGGACGAGCAGCUGCAUCCCGGCGAGCACUCCGUGCAGCUGUGCUUCAUGCGGCCCGAGAAGCGCUUCCACCUGGCGCAGCUGAGCCGGGUGGCGGAGGGCUGCCACCACCUGGGUUGGAGCUGCGUGCCGGAUGAGGUGCUGGUGCUGUACCUGAGGUCACCCGGGGAGCAGCUACGCAGGGUGGUGGAGGGGGCGGCAGUGCGAGAGGGGAGGGGAAAACAGGAUCCCCUGCGGCCGCCGCUUGUGAAGGACGCGAGCUGGUUGUACUUGUCAACGAAACUAGUUGAGGGGUGGUUCGGCUCGGAUGCCUCCACCAAGGAGAUUCGGACGAAGGUGGUGCUAGACGGCCAGGUGCAGCCUGGGGAGCGCAAGACCAGGCUCAAGCGCCAUAAGUCGCAACCUACAUACUCCGUGCGAGGUUUGAGCCAUGUCCGGGGCAACUACCUCCUGGGCUGGAGCCGCACGCGGAGCGGUGUACUGGUGCUGUACCUGCGCUCGCCUGUGGUGGACGAGGAGGCGGGGGGGGGCCGCGGCUACAAACCAGGCCGCCAACGUGCUCAAUGGAGUUAAGGGAUACCGGGGAAGGCUGCUCACCCACCAUUACCUGUACAUCAACGCCGACCAAGCCCGCCAGUGGUUCGGUACCGUCACCAGCCAGUCGGACAUCCCCGUCACGGUUGAGGUGGACGGGCGGGUUCAGCCCCGGACGUUCAAGGUGAAUGCGGCACUGCAUCCGCGCGGCUUCUUCGCUGUGUCUGGCGCCGACCUGGUCCGAGCUGCGGCCGGCAAGUGGUUCCUGGGCUGGUUGCGCCCCUCCCCUGGCGGCCCGCUGCACCUGCUGCUGAGGACAGCCACACAGCAGGAGGUGGCGGUGGCACAUGGGUUGAAGGAGCGCAAGAAGCAGAAACGACGGCGGCCAGGCGGGUUGGAGGGUGCGGCAGAAGGCGGUGCAGACGUUAGCACCCGCGAGCGCAGGGUCAGCGAGAGAGUUGCCCAGGAGGAAGAGCGUGCACCUCUGAGAGUACGGUUGCAUAUAGCUUUAGUGAACUUGCCUUUCCAGCCGCAACCGCCUGCGUGCCUCUUUCUGGACGCGACAUUUGAGAGAUUUGAGCAUGGCGGCUGUGAUGUGGGAUUGGGAGAGGAAGCACCGUGUCUGGUCCUGUAUGCACGGCCAGGGUGCUUUCCCUUGCUUCGUUCGGCAUGCGGGGCUGGCGUGAUGGAGUGAGGGGAAAGCAGUCGAAUGCAGAUUGUCUAAGGUGCUGGGCAGUGGCGGUUGUUUCAGUGCUGAUUGGUAGGAUAGGUAGGAACUGAAGAACCGAGAAGGAUUCUCCAAGGUUGCCCGGCUUACACAGCCCCUGCAUGUAUACGAUCCAGUUGUACGCUAAAUUCCACCCCGUUACGUCGUUCUCGCAUGCCAACUUGGCUACCUACCGGCAGGCGGCUUCAUUGUGCCUAUGUCCCUGAGGCUCCGCUGCGAAUGCUGUUUCAUAGGGUUCAUCGUUGUGUGGGCUGGCUGCUUGUGGUUUACAAAUCCUGCUCUGCAUGCACACGGGGACAUCCCCGCUUAGGCACGAUAGGUUGGUCGUUUGGAGGGGCGCAGGGCGGGUGGGAGCCGGGGCGUGGGAGGAGGAUCUGUAUGCUACUGCGUCGAAGGACCUUCCCAGCUGCCUCGAGGUGUUGUGGUACGAUGGUUGGGGGAGGUGCCCGUGCUACCAAGGCGCCCAAUGCUGUGGGAUGGCCAAUGGCUAUUGCGGUUGCGGUGGGUUACUGGGAGGGUGAGCAGGGAAGGAGCGGUGUUUGCCUGGGCCCGUGUUGCUGUUGGGCCUCAAUAAUUAAGAUGUAAGCUACUGCCGCCAAUGCUGCGUUUCAUUCGUAGCCCUGCUGCAUGACGGCAGCUGUUGUGUCAGACCUGCCAACACCAGCCUGCUGGAUGUCCACUCCCCCAUUCUGCGAGAGUCAUGCCGUUGAGGAUGAGAUGCAUUUUUUCAUGGAAUGCCCGUGCUAUAACGAGCGACGUCGCGAGAACAAGGGUUGCCUGAGCUUGACAUGUAGGUGCAUGAGGGAGAUCAUGACCUCUGGCCCCCCUCGGCGCACUGUACACGCGUAU